AUGGCCCCUCCCAAGGCCGGAAAGGUGGUGGUGCCGGUGGCGGACGCCGGACCGCCGCCCAAUCUGGACUUUUUGCCGCACCGCAUCGCUCUCUACGACCGGCUCAAGGCGGAGGCCGACGCGGAGCUCGCGAGCAAACCGCGUGUGGACAUCACGGUGACGCUGCCAGACGGCCGGACGAUCCCUGGUACGGCCUGGGAGACGCGACCGUACGACAUCGCCCGGGGAAUCAGCAAGUCGCUGGCCGACCGGACGGUGAUCUCACGCGUUGACGGCGAUCUCUGGGAUCUGAUGCGGCCGCUCGAAGCCGACGCUCAGGUGUCCCUGCUGGACUUUGAGGACGACGAGGCCAAGCAGGUGUACUGGCACUCGAGCGCCCACAUCCUCGGCGAGGCAGCCGAGAAGGCCUUUGGCUGCCACCUCUGUUUCGGCCCGCCCACUGACGAGGGCUUCUUUUACGACUUUGGCAUGCCGGCUGAGGAUGGCCAGGGCCGGCCGAACCACCACAGCACCGUCACGGACGACGACCACAAGCGCCUGUCGUCGCUGAUGGACGGCAUCGUGCGCGAGCGCCAACCGUUUGAGCGCCUCGUCAUGACCAAGGCCGACCUGCUCGAGAUGUUCAAGUUCAACAAGUACAAGCAGGUCCUGAUCAACUCCAAGAUCCCCGACGGCACCUCCACGACUGUGUACCGCUGUGGGCCGUUGAUCGAUCUCUGCCGCGGGCCCCAUGUGGUCGACACUAGCCGGAUCAAGGCGUUUGCUGUCCUGAAGCACAGUGCCUCGUACUUCCUCGGCGAUGCCAAGAACGACUCCCUUCAGCGGGUCUACGGCAUCUCCUUCCCCGACAAGAAGCUGCUUUCCGACUACAUGAAGUUCCUCGAGGAGGCUGCCAAGAAGGACCAUCGUCGUAUCGGCCAGGACCAGGAGCUCUUCUUCUUCCACAAGUUGUCGCCCGGCUCGCCCUUCUUCCUCCCCCACGGCAUGCGGAUCUUCAACGCGCUCAAGGAGUUCAUCCUCAGCGAGUACCACAAGCGUGACUACGUCGAGGUCAUGUCGCCCAACAUGUUCAACGCCGACCUGUGGCGCACUUCGGGACACUGGGAACACUACCAAGAGGACAUGUUCACCCUCGAGGUCGAGAAGCAGCAGUGGGCUUUGAAGCCCAUGAACUGCCCGGGCCACUGUGUCAUCUUCGGCUCCAGGGAACGUUCGUACCGUGAGCUACCUCUGCGCAUGGCCGAGUUUGGUAUUCUUCACAGAAACGAGGCCUCGGGCGCCCUGUCUGGCCUGACGCGUGUGCGCCGUUUCAUUCAGGACGACAGCCACAUCUUCUGCGAAGAGGACCAGAUCGGCUCGGAGAUCCGUGAUCUGUUCGACUUCCUGCGCACCGUUUACGGCAAACUGGGCAUGAAGUUCCGCCUCAAGCUCUCGACACGGCCCGAAAAGUACCUUGGCAACCUGGAGACGUGGGACAAGGCCGAGGCCACGCUGCAGCACGCCCUGGAGGAGUUUACCAAGGAGAGCGGUGCCGAGUGGAGCCUGAACCCUGGCGAUGGCGCUUUCUACGGCCCCAAGAUCGACAUCCAGAUCAUGGACGCCCUGCGCCGCUGGCACCAGUGCGCCACCCUGCAGCUAGAUUUCCAACUGCCGCAGCAAUUCAACCUCAGCUACAUGACCGCGGCCAGCAGCAACUCCGAUGGCAAGGCCGAGGCCAAGACAGUUGAGACCAAGCCAGUCGAGGCCGAGACCAAGGACGGCAAGGACGACAGCAAGGCGGUGACAGCAUCGGCAGCCCAGACGCUGGCGCCCGGCUACUCGCGGCCCGUCAUGAUCCACCGUGCCGUGCUCGGCAGCUUCGAGCGUUUCAUCGCCACGCUGAGCGAGCACUUUGCCGGCAAGUGGCCGUUUUGGCUCAGUCCGCGGCAGAUCCUGCUGGUGCCCGUCAUGGCCGACGCCGAGGACUAUGUGCGCGAGGUGCAGAAGGUGCUCAAGGCCCGCGGCUUCUACGUCGACAGCGACCUGGGCGCCAACACGAUGAACAAGAAGAUCCGCAACGGACAGGUGCUGCAGUACAACUUCAUCUUUGUUCUCGGAUCCAAGGAGAUGCAGGACCGCAGCGUCAGCAUCCGUGUGCGCGACUCCAAGGGCGACCUCACCACGCUGUCGCUCGACGUGGUGGUGGAGCGGCUGAGCCGGCUCCGGGAGACGAAGGGCCUGGGCCUAGACCUGAACGACCUGGAAGAAGUCAAGGCAUAG